CAAACCCUUUUUAGAAUAGAUCUCUUUUUCUCUCUCUUUCUCGACACACUAAAAGAGUCUACAAAACCCUUAUAUAUACAAGCUAAUCUCUCUCUCUCUCUCUCUAUAUAUAUAUAUAUUCAUAUUAUGGACCAAAUACAAAACCAAAAAGGUUCAUCAAAAGUAGUAGUGCAGAACAUGAACAAGAGGAGGUUAAACGAAGACCAAGUGAGGGUUUUAGAGAGAGACUUCAACUACGACAAGAAGCUAGAGUCGGAGCACAAGCACCAGCUUGCGGAGCAGCUCGGCAUCCCGGCUCGGCAGGUGGCCGUGUGGUACCAGAACAAGCGCGCAAGGUGGCGGACGCAGAGCCUUGAGGUGGACUGCACCACUCUCCAGCAUAGGCUGGACACUGCUUUGGCCGAGAAGAGACGGCUCGAGAGAGAGGUUCGAGUGCUUCGUGGUGAGCUCGACAUGGCUCGCCAAGCUCUGCAAUUAACCAAUAACAAUACCAAUACUAUUUAUUAUGAUAAUAAUAUUCAUAAUAAUAAUGUUGUUUCUUCUUACUGUACUACUACAACAACUACUACUGAUCAAGAACAAGAGCGAGAUGGAAGAAGCUGCUCAAGCUUUUCUGAUAACCCUCAAUAUGAUAAGAAUGUCAUCAAUAAUUAUGAUCAUCAUCAUCUUGAUCAUGAUGAUGAUCAGGUUCUUCAGAUAGAUCAUGACUUCUUUUCUAACUUGAUUGAUUGUUAGUGAUGAUAUUGAUUGUCAUAUAUAUCAAUUUAAUGGCAGCAUUAUAUUACUGUAUAUGUAAACCAUGUGAAGGUGAUUGAUGUUGUAGUGUUAAUUUCCUUUGUUAUGAUUUAUUUUUGGCCCCACAAAUUUAAUGAUAUUGUUGAGUUUUUCUUUUCA